AUGAGGUCAAUUAGCAAGCUAAGGAACUUAGUUUCUUUGGAUAUCAAGUCCUGCAGCUUCGUGCAAGAGUUGCCAGAAGGUAUAGGUUACUUGGAAACUCUAAAAGAGCUUUAUAUCGAUGGAACUGCCAUAAGAGCCAUCGAUAUCCCUGAGGGUUCGUAUGGGAAGCUUGAAACUCUGAGUGCUUGCAACACUAAAAUCUUGUCUCUACCCGAUAGAAUUGGCAACUUGAAAUCUCUUUCGUACCUAGCUUUGGACGACACUAAACUCAGUGAGCUCCCUUAUUCCAUCGGCUUACUGGAGAAUCUUCAGACACUCUCUCUCAAAAAUUGCAGGAGCUUGUGGAAACUGCCAGAUUCCAUCGGGAACCUCAAGGAGCUGCAAGUCAUGGAUCUUUCGUACACAUUAGUCGACGAACUACCUUCGUCUGUCAAGGAUUUGAGAAACUUGAAAGUAUUAAAGAUGGUUCACACUUUUAUUAGAGAAUUUCCUGGAGGCAUUAAGAAUCUAGAGAGUUUAGAAGAGAUAGAUUUCUUGGACUGCAGAAGUUUGAAAGGGGAAUGCAACAUUAGGGGAUUAUCGUCUUUAGGGGUCUUAGUUCUGGAAAAUACUGAUAUUUCUGAGCUGAUUGUGAUGGAUCGUCGAUACCCUAGUCUCCAAGACCUCAGAAUAGAUGGCAAAGUUUGCAUCUUGACAAUUGGAACUACAGAAGGAGCACCGCAUGGGAUCAACGGAUGUGAGACUAUGACACCGCUCCAGGCUGAUGGACAUCGCAGCAUGCAGAUGAUGAUCAGUGACCCAAGCAAGGCGGUGGUCAGACAAAAGCAAGAAAGUUCGGAGGGGAUGAGGCUUGGCUAA